UGGCGGCGGCGGCUCCUCGGAAGGGGAAGAGCCCCCGGGAGACGGACGCGGGUGACAACUUUCGUUUCUUCCCCGGCGAGCGAGGGGAGCGCAAAAGAGAGGUGGGGGAAAAAUGGAUGACUGUCUGAAAACGAUUGCUCAUCAUGUGACAUAUGGCUCUCAAUCUAUUGUAAAGUUCUUGGUGAGAGGGUGCCAAGGUAAAAGAUGAUGUAAUGCAGGAGCAGCCCUAAAGCAUCUUUUGUUGGAAUUGUGAAAUGGUUACUCCAGUCAUUUCUUUAUGAAUCUAAUGUGAGGGGCCGCUUUGUGGAAUGAGCUUUUUGUAACAGCGAACCCACAGGAAAGAGAAAGAGACAUUCACUUGAAGGACUCUUGCUGCAAAUGGGUUUAAAUUUCAUUUUGCCAGUCGCUACCAGGCUGACCUCAUACAUCUUGGGUACAAUGGAGUGGCUAAGCCUUUGAGUACACAACCAUUACAUCAUCGUUGCCAAUUUUAAAAAAGGAGGUAAUAAAAGAGGACUUAUUGUUGACAUGGCUGAUGAGAUGACUGGGGCUCAAAUUGCUACUGAGAGGUUGGUGGCUCUGCUCGAAAGUGGAACAGAGAAAGUACUCCUAAUUGAUAGCCGGCCCUUUGUGGAAUACAAUACAUCCCACAUUUUGGAAGCCAUUAAUAUCAACUGCUCCAAGCUUAUGAAGCGAAGACUGCAACAGGACAAAGUGUUCAUUACAGAGCUGAUCCAGCACUCUGCAAAACAUAAGGUUGACAUUGAUUGCAAUUCAAAGGUGGUGGUGUAUGAUCAGAGCUCUCAAGAUGUCGCCUCUCUAGCUUCAGACUCUUUUCUGACUGUGCUCCUGGGUAAACUGGAGAAGAGCUUCACCUCUGUGCACUUACUUGCAGGUGGGUUUGACGAGUUCUCCCGUUGCUUCCCCGACCUCUGUGAAGGAAAAUCUUCUUUAGUGCCUACCUGCAUUUCCCAGCCCUGCUUACCUGUCACCAACACUGGGCCAACCCGAAUUCUUCCGAAUCUUUAUCUCGGCUGCCAGCGAGAUGUCCUCAACAAGGAGCUGAUGCAACAGAAUGGGAUUGGUUAUGUAUUAAAUGCCAGCAAUACCUGUCCAAAGCCUGACUUCAUCCCUGAGUCUCACUUCCUGCGAGUGCCUGUGAAUGACAGCUUUUGUGAGAAAAUUUUGCCAUGGUUAGACAAAUCGGUUGAUUUCAUUGAGAAAGCAAAAGCUUCUAACGGAUGCGUGUUGGUGCACUGCUUAGCUGGAAUUUCUCGCUCUGCCACAAUUGCUAUUGCCUACAUCAUGAAGAGGAUGGAUAUGUCCUUAGAUGAAGCCUACAGAUUUGUGAAAGAAAAAAGGCCAACUAUUUCUCCAAACUUCAAUUUUCUGGGCCAACUGCUAGACUAUGAGAAAAAGAUUAAGAACCAAACUGGAGCAUUGGGUACAAAAAGUAAGCUUAAACUUCUGCACCUAGAGAAAGCCAGUGAAUUUGUUGCACCCGCUUCAGAAGGAGCACAAAACAGUGAAACCUCUCUUAGUACCAACUCUGCUACCUCAGAUACAGUGGGGCAGAGGUCCAUGCACCCUGUGAGUUUUCCCGGCAUGCAGCUAGCAUCAUUUGAGGACAGUCCACUGGUACAGGGAAUCAAUGGACUCCACAUGUCUUCAGACACACUAGAAGACAACAAUAAACUCAAGCGUUCAUUCUCUCUGGACAUCAAAUCGAUUUCAUACUCCUCCAGUACGGCGGCAUCUUUGCAUAGCUUUCCCUCGUCAGAGGAUGCUCUGGAGUACUACAAACCUAGCGCUUUGGAUGGAAGCAGUAAGCUGUGCCAGUUCUCUCCAGUUCAGGAAGUGUCUGAACAGACUCCAGAGACCAGUCCAGACAAGGAGGAAGCCACCAUCCCUGAGAAGACCCAGUCUGCUUGGCAGUCAGAAAGCCAGACCAAGAGACUGCACCCUGGCAGAACCAGCAGUGGCAACGCUGCCCAGAGGCCCCUCCUGUCCCCACUGCACCGAAGUGGAAGCGUGGAGGACAACUACCGCACCCUGUUUGGCCUUUCUACAAGCCAGCAGCAUCUGGCCAAGUCCGCUGCUACGGUAGGCCUCAAGGGCUGGCACUCAGACAUCUUGGCUCCCCAGGCUUCCACCCCUUCCUUGACCAAUAGCUGGUACUUUGCCACUGAAUCCUCUCACUUCUACUCUACUUCCGCCAUCUAUGGGGGCAGUUCCAGGUACUCUGCCUGUAGUUGUAGCCAGCUGCCCACUUGCAGUGACCAGGCCUUUUCAGUACGCAGGCGGCAGAAGCCAAGUGACCGAGCCGACUCGAGGCGGAGCUGGCACGAGGAGAGCCCUUUUGAAAAGCAGCUGAAACGCAGAAGCUGCCAGAUGGAAUUUGGAGAAGGCAUAAUGUCAGAGAACAGGUCACGAGAAGAACUAGGGAAAGUAGGCAGCCAGUCAAGCUUUUCAGGUAGUAUGGAAAUUAUUGAAGUAUCCUGAGAAAACAUGGACCUGUGGACUUCUGGAGAUUUUUUUAUCUUCUUGUUUAAUGAAAAAAGAAAUUCCCUGUAAAUCUGAAAUAUAUGUAUGGACAUAGAUAUUUUUGGAAAGUGGGGCUUUGGUGUAAAAGCUGUUUUCUCUUACUCUAAUGUCUACUUGUGGGAGAGCAGCUAAUUUUUCUCCCAGUUAAAAGUGGAAGGGCAGAUGUUUAAGAUUUUUUUCCCCUGGACAGAUGAAGCAGUCGUAUGCGAUAAAUUGCACAUCCUCUUGUUCUUAUAAAAGAAAGCUUUAUUGGUGAUAGAGGACAGCACCAUUUCCAAGUUGUGCUACUAAUAAUUCUCAAAAGUUAGUCCUUUUACCCAAUUCUUUCACAGUGCACCUUAGCCCUGAAACUGAGCCAGCUUUGAGGUCAGGCGGGUAGACCCUGUUAGGGACAGAAACAUAGUUGUGAAUCCAGAAGAAAUAACUCACUGCAACAGAGGCCCAUCUGAACAUCAAAGCACAUCCAGUAAAACCAGUGACAGAAAAUAUCAUUCUAAUGGACAGGCCGUUAGGUGAUUUCCAAGAGCUGCUUUAUAAAGAGCAAAAACCAAGUACCUCAGAUAAUACAAUUAGGGCUUUUACUGCUACCCAUUUCUGGGAGCCGGUUUUGUAAGCAUUGUGAAUAGGUAGGUAGGUAGUCAUACUUUUAAGGGCAAUUUAAGCUGUCUAUGCACAAAUUUCCAGUUGGGCCUAGUUAUAAGUGGGUUUAAAAAAAAAAAGGUUUUAUUUCUCUGGCUUGGGAAGGAAAAGACUGAAAACCAUUUUGUAGUUCAUUUAAAUAGCUAGGAAUCAGGCACUCUACUGAUUUAAACAGUAAUUGGGUGGUUAGGCAAGUUGACUUCCAUCCAGCAAUUCCAAGUGGAAUUUUAAAAAGUGAGAUCACACUAACCAUUGUGUUUUCUUUAAAACCAAAUGUGCGUUUGGUGGCAACAGCAACGGCUUAGGUAUUCUCGGCCUAGCAGCACAUUUUCCACUGCUCCUAACACGAGUUUAGUCACCAUGCAAUCCGAAGGCAUAUUUUUUUUUUUAAACAGGAAAACUUAAAGCCGAAGAGGGAGAAAAACUAUGGGAGGAUUUACGGGGAGGAAAAGAGCUAAAGGAAAAGGAGAAUGUACCUCCUUCCCUGGAAGCAAUUCUUUUUUGGUAUAUGGUUCCUAUAGUGGUGUCUAUGCUUUCCUCAGUUAGACUCUCAGAUUUACCAGUAAUGUAGGGGCUAGAGUAAGCAGGGUCAAAACAUCAAGUAUAGGAAUGUCUGGGGAAUGUUGUCAUCGUCUCCUAACGGUGGCGCCAUAGCCGAUGGCCACCCGCAAGCAGCUCUCAAAAGCGAAUACACUUGGUUUUUUGGUAGCUGGAGCAAGAAGAAAGAGCACUCGGUCCUGAGCUGUAAUCACUGUAUGUAUGGCCAAUCACUCCAGGCAGCUGAAAAUAUAAAGUGACUAUGGCAAGUAUGUGAGGGAUAUUACUUACUUUUAAACUUUUUAAGCUUGAGUCUCAUCAGCUACAAUGUGGUCCUCAUUUGAAGCCUUAAUUCAUGUCAGCAACUUGGUUUUUUUGUUCUAUUUUGUUUUGUUUGUUCUUUUUAUCCUCUUCAAGGGUAGCUAGUUGCUGACUCAAAUCUCAGGUUUUUUAUAUGGUGAGAAAUGAACAGGUCUUUUUUGACCAGGAUGUGACUUACAUUUCCUGUGGUGACUGUAAAAAUCCAGCACAGAGCGGCAUAAUUCACAGAUGGCUGAACUUGAUCAUGAUGAGUGUGAGGGCUUCAUAAGCGCAAGUGGUGACCAGGUGUUGUAUGAGAAUGAAACGCAGGUAGAGGGGGGUAAACUGCUCAGUGUACUGCCAGCUGGUUUCUAUAUGUGCAGAGUUUGAAUAUUUGACAUAGACCCAUUCUCCAGGUUUUACACAGACAGACAUUCUAAACGUGUAAUAUUACUGUUCUCUCAAUACAUAUCAACUAUUUAACUGCUCAUUAUUCAGGUUAAUGAAUGGACACGAAUCAUUCAUUGAUAUGAAUAAUAUGUACAUGGACAAUCAGGUGUCCAAAUCCCAGUCUCAAUUGUCAGACUUCUUAAAUGUUAACAGUAGUUUCAACCUUACAGACUUUUCAGGAAGGUUUGUAGACUUUAUAUUUUAACAACAAUAAAAGCGUAUCAGCAGAAACCCAAAUCACAAACCUCUCCCUGGGGUUUCUCUUCAUGCAGCUCUGAUCUGGCGUCACACCAUAACCUACAGACCUAAUAGCUAAUGUCAAACCACCAGCUCUUCAGCGUUGAAAGUAUGGCCUUUUGGACCACUCGGACAACUUUAGGUGAUAUGGUUGGUACUCACACUCAAGAAUCCAUUCUUAGGGAAAGCCUUAGAGCCUGUUUAGUGCUAUACAAGAUGGUGAUUCAAAACAAAACAAAAUCAAAACAACAGCAAUAAAAAAUAACCAACUAGAAUUCUAUGAGAAAUGCUGGAAAUGGUUUUAGGACAUUGAUAAAAGUUAGGUGGACUGAUUAUGUACAUGUUGAAUAUGAACAUAACAUUCUUUGGGUGUAAGGCAAGCUACAUGGUUAAAAAUUGUGCAUUUCUCACUUUGUGUCAUGAACAUUAUUGUAUGUUAAUAUGAUGAAUAAAAUCAGAAUUGGUACCUGUUUAUAUGUAAAGUCAAAGAAAGGAGUUCUUUUUACAGCAGUAUCUUCUGUGUGUUGUACAACAAGGACUGAAUCACACCAUGUGAAUUCAAACCUUGCAACAGCCUUCAAGAUUGGUCUUCAAAACG